CACAGCUGCUACAACCACAACAACCGCUGCUACAACCACAACCACAUCACCUCCAACCACAACAGCUGCUCCGACCAUUUCAACAGCAGCUCCAACUUCAACCACAGGAUCCCAUUCUGAACCCACAUAUGCCCCCACAGAAACAACUACUUUAAAAACUACAACUGAACCUCCUGCUCCAGUGUAUGUUCUUGCAGCAACCAUUAUUGAACCAUAUGAUGAACAGCUUGGAAACAAAUCCAGCAAAUUGUUUAUGGAUCUUGAGAAAAAAGUCAAAGAAACUUAUGACUCAAUCUACAAAAAGAAGUUUGGAAUCCUCUUCAUUCGUAGUUUUGUCAUUGCAUUUAGAAUUUCCACAAAAUCUGCACGAUUGACUGCUACUGAAGCAGAAGUGGGGUUGGAGUUUAAUAAAACUACAACUUCUGAAAAUCUCCCAAAGAAUGAAGUUGUACAAGAAACCUUACGCGAGGCGAUAAACAGCACCACUUUCAACGUUACAUUCAUUCCUAACACCAUUAAUUUAAUAAGCACACCUUUGGCAACCUCUGCUCCAACUACAAAUGCUACAGAUACUACAAAUACUACUACAACUGCGCCAACCACCAAUGCAACUACUACAACUACGCCAACCACCCCAACUACUACAAAUACUACAACUACGCCAACCACCAAUACAACUACUACAAAUACUACAACUACGCCAACCACCAAUGCAACUACUACAAAUACUACAACUACGCCAACCACCAAUACAACUACUACAAAUACUACAACUACGCCAACCACCAAUACAACUACUACAACUACGCCAACCACCAAUACAACUACUACAACUACGCCAACCACAACAACUACAACUGUGGAGUCACUAGUGAAAAGGCGACUGACUUUUAGGUCUGCGGGAGAGAUAUUUACCACUGAGUUGCUGGACACAUCAUCUACAGCUUUCAUAAAACGAGCCGUACUUUUGAAGACCCAUCUUGAACCACUCUACCAGGCAGCGUUCGCUUCUUACCGCAGUUUCAUUGUGAUUUCAUUCAGCAAUGGAUCAAUCAUCAACAACAUUGACCUUGGAUUUGCAACAGCAUCCCAACCUAGUAGCACCCAAAUCAAAGAUGUUUUGGUGAAAGCAAAUUCAACCGUCACAGCUUUCAACAUUGACAUCAAUUCAAUUUUUGUGGAUGGCACACAAACGUCGAGUGGAGCAAGCCAUACAAUCAGCCUCAUCACUGCAUUCAGCAUGGUCCUGUUGUCAUGGCUUCUUUCAACACAACAAUAACGUCUCUGCUGGCUUCCAGAGGAAAAUCUGCAUGAAAAUGUCAAUUAUUGCUUGUGUGAACAAGAAUGUUGUUCUAAUUCCGGACCAAGAUUCACUUAGAAUUUUAAACUUUAAAACAUUUAUUGAAGCUUGAUCAUUUCCUCAUGUCAAUUUUGUCUUAUUUAUUAAUGAAAAACUAAUUAUUCUGUGUCAUUGUAUUAACUUAUCAUAUUCAUCAUGAAGGUAUUUCUUGAAGGAUUAUUUAGUUUGGUGAAGAUUUCUCUCUCAAUAAAUAUUGUGGGAUUUACCAAAAAUAAGCUGUCUGAGCAACGUCCUGUAUGAUUGUCCAGUUUUUCUUUUCCUUUUAAUUGUAUUUAUAACAGAAGGUAUUCUGUAAAGAAUAUACCUAUCAGUUUAAUAAAAGAUAAUGAAAACACAA